AUGUACCAACCUAUGGAUCUGGCCGCGCAAAUUGAGAGUCAUCAUCUCAUCGGCUGCGGCGCAUCCGGGGUCCUUUUCGCGUACAAGCUCCGGAAACAUCUCUCCGACAGCGAGUUUGUAAUCUACGAGAAGAACCACGAUGUUGGGGGCACUUGGCUUGAGAACAGAUACCCUGUAUGUGCUUGUGAUAUCCCUUCACAUGCGUACCAAUACAAUUGGGCCCCCAACCCGGAGUGGAAUCAAUUUUACUCCGGAUCUGAAGAACUCUGGCAAUAUUUCAAGCGUGUCGCGCAUGAUUUCAACAUCAUGACAAAUGUCAGGUUGCGGCACCGGGUUAGCGGAGCGGAGUGGAUAGAAACUGAUGCGAGAUGGAGGUUGUCCAUUGUCAAGGACGACGGUUGUCUGAUUACAGACGAGGGUGAAUUUCUGAUCGAUGCCAGUGGAGUUCUGAAUAACUGGAAGUGGCCGAAAAUCCAUGGACUUCACAACUUCAAAGGAACUUUAAUCCAUAGCGCUCAGUGGGAUGAUUCUUAUGACUUCACAGACAAGGACAUUGCUGUCAUAGGCGGUGGUUCCUCGGCCGUACAAAUAGUUCCGUCUUUACAGCCCCAGGUCAAAUCAAUGAAAUCGUUCAUACGAUCACCUGCGUGGAUAUCAGACAACUAUGCGACAAAGGAUGCGGGCUCUGAUGGUCGGAACUUUCAGUAUUCCGAGACACAAAAACAGAAUUUUCGAGAAAAUCCUGAUUUUUACCUGCAAUACCGCAAAGACAUCGAAUAUGAACUCAAUUCUCGAUUUAAGUUCAUCAUCAAGGGAAGUAAAGAUCAGAGCGAAGCUGUCAAGGUGACCACCGAAGACAUGCGGAAGAGGUUAGCUGCCAAGCCCCAUCUGAUCCGGCAAUUGGUCCCUAGCUUCGCUUUUGGAUGUCGUCGACCCACACCUGGAAACGGAUACCUAGAGGCGUUGGCUAGCGACAAUGUCGACGCUGUAUUUGACCCGAUCGUGACGAUCACUCCGGGUGGAAUCCAAACCACAGCUAACGUGGAGCACAAAUUCGAUGCUAUCGUGUGUGCCACGGGCUUCGAUAUUUCAUUCAAGCCUCGGUUUCCUCUUUUUGGUCAUGGGGGGGAAAACCUUCAGGAUCGGUGGACUCGAGAAACGCCCAAAUCAUACAUGAGCUUGAUGGUUGCGGGCUUCCCCAAUUAUUUCACCUCAUUGGGUCCACAUUCCCCUGUUGGCCACGGCUCUUUGAUUCCAGCCAUAGAAGUGAUAGCGGAUUACGUCUUAGCUGUCUUGCAGAAAGUCCAACGUCAGCGUAUACGUGCUGUAGAGGUCAAACAAGAGGCUGUUAACGAGUUCACUCAACAUACCGAUGAAUUUAUGAAGCGCACGGCCUGGUCCGAUGGUUGUUCAAGUUGGUUCAAAAAUGGUUCGGUCGAUGGCCCGGUGGUGGCUAUCUGGCCAGGCUCACGAUUGACGUGGUUCGAAGCCCUGAGAGAACCUCGAUUCGAAGAUUUUGAAUACACGUACGAAACAGCUAACAGGUUCCAAUAUUUUGGAAAUGGAUUUACGCAGCGGGAGAUAGAAGGCCAGGAUCUAACUUGGUAUUUGGACCAAGCAGAUAUAUAG